CUGGAACGCUUUAAAAUGACCGGCGAUUGGCCUGUGUUUACAUUCUGAUCAUGUAUCUUUCACACUGCCAUUAUUCAAUCUUAAACCGCUCGCUCCUAGUUCUGACAGACGCAUAUGGGCAUCGAAUAUGCAGAGCAACGUUAUGUCAACAUGCAACGAAACUACUUUCAACAUCUUCAAAGAAUUGUCGAGAGUCCGACUUCGGAAAUAAGAGUAGACACUUGACAUUUUGUAGGCAUAGGCAGAAUGGGCCUGGGAUAUGUUCUUCAAAAUACAAGAUUAAUCUUAUGCAUCCACCGGUACGAUUUUUCAACGAAUUUCAAAAUGAAGGACAAGAAAAUGAUAAGAAAAAACCGGUGAAAUUUUCUACUUCCAAGGAUAAGAUUAGUGGUGGAAAAUACACAGAUGAAAACAAACUAAUGCCGUCCUUUCCUAUCUAUGUUUUCCCAAAUCUUGCUGGCAUUUUUGAGAAUAUAAUGGCUGGUUCUAGGAUUAAAAAAGUGGACGGUGAUCUAACGGUGCUGGGUUUCCUCACUGCUGCCAAAAAGGCUGUAUUUGUGAUAGCCAACCUCCUGUCGUCCGGGAAUAUUGAUGAAGUAGAAAAUUUAACAACACCAAAGGCCUUCCAGCAAAUCAAGGAAAACUAUUCUAAAAUUCCUGAGACUCAUCUGCAAGCCCUCGGACAAGAUGAGGACAGAAUCCUGAUACCCUUACGCCAUGUACAUCGUGUACGACUACGCUAUAAAGUAAAAGAUCAUCCUGAAGUUGAAGCAGAUGAAGCGACUCUGGAGAUUGUGGUGCUGUUCGACGGAUAUAAGAAAAAAGCUGUUGAUGAGGAGGCUAAAAUUUUCACUAACAUGAGAGACAGAACAAGAUUUUGCUGCACAGCGAGGUUUGAGCGGGAAUACAGUCAAUUAGAUAGUACGACAUGGGAAAGUUCCGCUCCAUGGAAAGUGUCCGGUAUUUCCUAUAUAAUACGGGAACCUCUAGAAGAGGAAAUAAAGGACUACAUAAUCUAAACUCUAAUACACUUUAAUUUAGAGGCCACUGUUAUAUAUUAAUGCCUUUUCCUCUGCAGCCUAAGAGAAACCUGGUUUAGUAUCUUGUGAAAUGAAUAAAUCCACAAAAGAGUGUUUUAACUUAAAUCUU